UAUUCAGUUUUGGCGUUCUCUUCAUCUUAUUCUCCCCACAAAUUCCCUUCCCUUCAAAUCAAAACCCUAAAAACUUUCAAUUCCUUAGCCACUCUCCGAACAUGUCGGAGAAAUUCUCACCAGCCCUUCGAAUUGGAGAUCUCAACGAUUUCAUUGCUCCCUCACAGGCAUGCAUAGUCUCCCUCAAGGGAUUGAAAAAGCCCGAUAAAGUCGAGGUCUCAAUUGCCAACAAACAACUCAAGUCAGAACCUGUUAAAAUUUCACUCAAGGACUGUUUGGCAUGCAGUGGAUGUGUCACAUCAGCAGAGACAGUUAUGCUGGAGAAGCAAAGCUUGGACGAGUUUCUGUCCAAUAUUAAUACAGGAAAAACUGUUAUUGUCUCCCUUUCUCCCCAGUCAAGGGCUUCUAUUGCAGUUCAUUUUGGCAUUUCUCCACUUCAGGCUUUCAAAAAGCUGACAAGAUUUUUUAAAUCUUUGGGCGUGAAGGCAAUUUUUGAUACAAGUUGCAGUAGAGAUUUGACCCUUGUUGAAUCUUGUGUGGAAUUUGUCACAAGAUACAGACAGAGUCAAUUGGUUGACGAUGAGAGGAGUAAAUCAAGCCUACCUAUGAUUGCAUCAGCUUGCCCAGGUUGGAUAUGCUAUGCAGAAAAGCAACUUGGGUCCUUUGCACUACCUCACAUUUCAUCAGUGAAAAGUCCCCAGCAAACAAUGGGAGCAAUCAUCAAGCACUAUGCAUGCAAAGAUAUGGGACUAAGGCCAGAAGAAGUUUACCAUGUGACAGUGAUGCCUUGUUAUGAUAAAAAGCUUGAGGCUUCUAGGGAUGAUUUUGUUUUCCAAUUGGAGUCCCAUGAUGAAGGGCAUGAAGGUGAAAUUAAUAUGAUUUCGGAGGUAGAUUCGGUGUUGACAACUGGAGAGAUUUUGGAAUUAAUUCAGUCAAAAGAAGUUGAUUUUAUAAGCUUAGAGGAGCCUCCACUGGAUAAACUGAUAACAAAUAUUAAUGAAGAAGGACACCUGUAUGGGGUCCAUGGAAGCUCUGGAGGUUAUGCAGAAACAAUUUUCCGAUAUGCUGCUAAAACACUUUUUGGGAAACAGAUUGAUGAGCCUUUGAACUUCAGGAACAUUAGAAAUUCAGAUUUUCAGGAAGUUACUCUGGAGGUGGAGGGAAAAACAGUGUUGAAAUUUGCUCUCUGUUAUGGUUUCCGAAACUUGCAAAACAUUGUACGGAAACUUAAAAUUGGGAAAUGUGAUUAUCAUUUCCUUGAAAUCAUGGCAUGCCCUUCAGGUUGCUUAAAUGGGGGAGGUCAGAUUAAACCGAAGUCAGGGCAAUCUGUUAAAGAACUGAGUCAAUUAUUAGAAUCGGUUUAUAUGCAAAAUGUUUGGGUAGCCCCACCACUCGACAAUCCUGUUAUUAAAGGCUUAUAUGACCAGUGGCUUGAGCAGCCUGGUUCUGAGAAAGCUAGGAGAUACAUGCACACACAAUAUCAUCCUGUUGAGAAAAGCAUUACUUCGCAGUUGCACAAUUGGUGAGGUGUUGAAUGCCUGAACUUUUCAUUUAGUUUCUUCUCAAGGUAAGUUUAUGGUAUUAGGCGGAGAAGUACUUUCAUGCCUGUGCUCUGACUCCUUUUGGAUAUGUUGGCAUAUUGAAGUCAUCCAAUUUUGGUAGUCAACAGAAUAUUUUUUCUCUUCUUUUAAUGUAUAUAAACCCUUGAUCUACACCCAUUUAGAUAGAAGAAAGAACCACAAUCAUUUGUAAUUUGACCAUCUGGACCUCAGCUUAGUUGUUCCUGCGGGUCCUAUAUUAUUUUUAGGAUAUAGGAUCUCAAUAAAAGAUUCCUUUACUAAAUAUAUCAUAAUAAAUAAUAAUGAGUGAUUUAGGUGAGAGGAUGAGAGUGACAGUGCAGGAGCAUAAAUUGUACCCUUUAUAUUUAUCAACUCUUAAAUCUGAAUGAAGCAAAUUUUGUACGUU